AUGGCCGCGGUGUCCACGCUGCCGCAAGCGAAGCGGCGGAAGGCAGCCGUCUAUGGCAAGACGUCGCGCAAACUCAACUCGUGGAAUAUCAGCGGCUUCGAUCCAGUGGACGACGACGAGCCACCCAAGCUCAAGACAACAGUCCAACGCGCGGUACCUGUGAAGGAAUCCUACCCUAUCCAGAAUCGCGACCAGGAGCCGCACACCCUCAAAUCGAUCAAACGCCGUGAAGAAAAGCAAGACACAUGGGACGUACCGUCUACAGACGAUGGAAGUGAAGAGCUAGCUGUACCAAUACCACAACGUGCACCACGGUCGAAGCUUUCUGCAGACCGCAAGCCUGUGAAUCUGGUUAAAGAUGCCGAUCCGGAAUUAGCACCGUGGGAGAAUAAGAAGAAGACGUCUGCACCGCAGCAGGGCUCAGGCGAACGCCAUCUGAAGAAGCACUCAUCAGCAGCUCAGAAGAAACUGACAACAGAGGCAUCAAAGACAGUCGAAGUACAGAAGGAUGCUGCUGUGUCCAACAUGAACACAAGUAGCCCUUCCAGGCGGAGCCGAGAUAAGGUUGGUUCGCCGGAGAACUGUUCAAGCCCGCAGAAAAGCGCAACGGCGAGACUACAGGCAAGAAAACUGCAGGCCGGUGCCAAUACUCGAGCAGUGCGGGAUGAGCCACAGGUACAGGUUCAUGUCCAAAAGCGCUCGGUUCAGAGCACGGAAGAGCUGGAUGCGCCCCCUGCGAAGAGACCGCGACCAGACACUUCACUGAAAGAUGACACUGUCGACACCGACAUGGAGAACGCACUACCUACCUGCGACAACGAACCCGUGGCUGAGGCCCAGAAUUCCACCGAGGUGGACGUGUUCGACUUCCCGAACGACAAUUCCGACCUCUCUAUGAAACAACCUGUCAACAGACGAAAGCUUCCGCCACAUACGACUCACCGUGGCAAGCUGACCGCAUUUUCACCAAUUCGAAAGAUGGACUCUGCGCCUCCCCGACUUGCCGAGAUGCUGGCAAUGGUUUCAGACACCACUGACGAUCCAUCGCGUUCGUCUUCGCUUUCAAUGAGCAGACCAAGUACCCCCGAGAAAGGUAGUGGCGGCACAUCUCUUACACCUGACGCAGCGGUCAAAUCGGCUGGGAAGAGGAUGCCGAAGCAGACACAGCUAUGGGACCGCUUGCUGACAGAUGACGCAGCAGUGCCCUCGCCAAGUGCACUGCCAAUGGAGGACCUGACCCUCGUAUCCAGAAAAGCAACAAGGAAGACGUCUUCUGUCUCUCGGUCGAUGCCAAAAUCCAGCUCCGAUCUGGGUCCCCGUCGGACGAAGCUCGUAGAUCGCUUGAAGGCGUCGGCACCCUCUGACAGCGAUUCUUCUGGAGACAGCGACGGAGACAGUAGUGAUGUCGAGAUGCAAGGCGACAGUCGAAUUUCGCAAAGCCAGAGUCAAAGCCAGGUUGUGGUGGCAGCUGGACCAAAGAAGACCUAUGCGCAGGCAAGGUCUCACCUCGCGGAAGACAGCUUCGAGGACCAGCUUAUGUUCGACCUGCAAGGAGAAUCGCCAUACAAUCCAAUCGGCGCGACUCGUCGAUCCACCGCGCAAUCGAACAUAAACUCGCAGAAUUCCAAUUCUCAAAAGUCGGCCUUCGACAUGGACGACAGUGACGACGAAGACGCAGGUGGACGAAUGCGGACGAUUCACGAGCUACGAGCUGGCGGUGGCAAUCAGCGCUUCAUGGACAGCAUGGGAGGUCUGCUGGAGGACAUUGCCGAUCAUAACGCGUCUGCUCGCAGUAGGCGUCGCAGCGCAUUGAUCGAAGUCGCCACUAAAUUGGCAGACAAGGCUUUUGCGGAGAAGUUUCUGCGCCAAGGUUACGAGCAGCAGCUGCUCGCUGAGACAUCUGCUGCCCGUGAUGGAAUCGCGGACUUCGCUCUCGCAGCGGCCUUUGCCGUGGUCCUGGCUGUUGAACCUUCAGAGCACGUUGUAUACUCAAUGCGAGACGGCGGUUUACUGAACUGGGUGCAAGGCAUAGUGGAAGACCGUGACGACAUCAAGAAGCUGGCCAAGGAGCGUCGCAACAAUAUGUCUAAGAGCGCGCAGAAUACCCUCUCAAGUUUCGUUACUAAAUUUGCGCAUAAAAAGGAGAUCUGGAAAGAAACGACGCCCGGCACGAUGACACGGCGGAUUGUUGCGCUCAAGGUUUGCGAGCUGCUCAUCAGUCGAGUACGCCGUUUGGGAGACAGAACAGAACUGAUACCGGCCAAGCAUGUCCGGAGCUUUGUGCCUGCGCAAACUGACAUGGUGUCUUUGACCAGCAACAUCCUACCCGCCGAUCUUAGCCUUGCCAUCUCUACGCUGGAGGCAUUGUCAACCACCGCGCUUUCUCUCUCCUGGCCGAAUGAUGUCCUGGAGGCAAUCCGAACGGUUCUUGUGUCGCCUGCACUGAGUCAAAGCCAGUCGCAACACCUGCUGUUCCUGACGUUGCGACUGUGUCUCAACCUCACCAAUGAAAAUGCAAGAAACUGCAAGGUCUUCUGCAAGCCGGACACCGUCCUUUAUCUGUUGCGAUCUAUCACUGAGGGGUUCGCAAAGCUCUAUGCGGAGACAAGCGACGAGCAGCAUACAGUCAACCUGGACUUGCUGGUCCUUUCGAUGGGUAUCCUCAUCAACUUGACAGAGCACAACGACAAAGCGCGCGAAUAUUCGGCGGCUACGGAUGCUAGUGCCGUACUCAGCUCACUGGUUGACGUGUUCCGGCAAGGUCAGAAGCGACUCCUCGAAGCGGAGUCGGUAGAGCAAGGCAUCGCCAACGUCGCUUAUGGGUAUUUGGCGGUUCUGUUGGCCAGUCUCUGUAGCAACAAAGACGCCAAGAGCAUCAUCGCCUUACAUUUGCCCGACAAGAACCUCGGCACCUUAGUCGCAGCCGUGGAAGAGUUCGUGAAACAUCACCAGCGAGUCGAUACGCUGAACUUUGAUGGCGAGGAGGGCAAGGAUGUCUGGAGCGCAUUCACCGAGAAGCUCAAGGGCGUCUUGCAGCGAUUGAAGAUGGUGGCAGGCUCCUAA